AUGCUGCCCACUGGGAGUGCCCGUCUGGCUUUGGCUUCGGCUCCUUACGCCUUCCUUGCGCCUGGACUGAAGCUGUCCAUGUACAACACCUCUUGCUCCGUUGUCGCCACGGUGAAGCUGAGUAAAGAAGCUAAACAGAGGCUGCAGCAGCUCUUCAAGGGCGACUUCAUUCCUCUCGUGAUUUACCUGGCAUUUACGAGGGGUGCAGAUCCUGGAAUGCCUGAACCAUCAGUUUUAAGCCUACUUUGGGGAUAAAGGCCUGUUUGGUCAUCUGGAUUUGGAAGCAAUCCAACAUGGAAGGUGUGUACUCUGGCUGGAUGAGAAAGACAUUGUUUCAGCGCAUCUGUGGCAGAGUGGAGCCUGUACUGACUCACGAUAGACUGUCAAAAUAAAUAUUUUAACGAUGUU